AUGAGUCAAUUCGAAGCGAAACACCGCGGGGAAAGCAAGAUCAAGAAAGACAGUGUGGUCUUGGAUAUGACAAAUAUCAACAAGGGACCCAUCAGUCCGUUGGCGAACUGUGGUAUCAGUGGUAGUGAAGGUAGUGAAGGUCCCGCCACGCAGCCUCCAGUUGCCAAGAAGAAGAAGAUCCCAUUCCUUCGUCCGGUCAGGACAAACUUGAAAAGAGACUUUGACGAUGCCGAAGACAAGAAACCAGCUGCGAAGAAAAGCAAGAGCAAGAGCGAGUGA